CCUCCCUCCCUGCAACCCGCAGCGGGGAUGGAGUAAAGGGAGACCCGUCGACCUGCCCGCGGAGAUCAGCGAUGGAGUUAAAGCAAUCUUUGUCCAUCCAUCUGGAAGCUGAGAAGCCUUUGAGGCGCUAUGGGGCGGUGGAGGAGACGGCGUGGAAAGCGGAGGGACUGGGAAGAAAUCAGCUGGACAUCAUUUCCAUGGCAGAGACAACCAUGAGACCAGAGGAGAUCGAGCUGGAGAUGGUGAAAAUCCAGCGUCUCCGGGAAGUCUUGGUCCGGCGGGAGUCUGAGCUCAGGUUUAUGAUGGAUGACAUCCAGCUCUGCAACGACAUCAUGGACUUGAAGCAGGAGCUGCAGAACUUGGUCGCCAUCCCAGAAAAAGAAAAAAACAAGUUACAGAAGCAGAGAGAGGACGAGCUAAUCCAGAAGAUCCACAAACUGGUGCAGAAGAGAGACUUCCUGGUGGACGAUGCAGAGGUUGAGCGGCUAAGGGAACAAGAAGAAGACAAGGAAAUGGCCGAUUUUCUGAGAAUCAAGUUAAAACCUCUAGACAAAGUAACCAAAUCUCCAGCCAGCUCCCGAGCAGAAAAGAAAGCAGAACCCCCACCUAGCAAGCCCACGGUAGCCAAGACGGGGCUGGCGCUCAUCAAGGAUUGCUGCGGGGCCACCCAGUGCAAUAUCAUGUAGCCCCCACAUGGGGUGCCCCUGGGGCCACGGGGACCCCCCUCCCACCCUCUUGUCUUCAUAGCCCCCACUUCACCGGGGCCCAAGAGCUCUCCAAGGCAGAAGGGAUUGAAGGCAAGCCCAUGACUGCCACCAGGGGCCGUGGGUGCGGCGGGCGGGCCCAGCCGCCCUGUACAGAGUGUAGCAAUAGGGAGUCCCUCACCGUCGCAUGGCCCUCCCCAGAGCAUGCCGAACCCAGGAGUCUGUCUCACUGUUUAUCCAACCACCAGGAAAGGUCCUCCCUCUCCACUUCUAUCUAGCUGUAUCUAACCCACCGUGCAAAUGAACUGGGAGGGGGCAUGAUCCCCAGGUGUGUAUAGUCGUGACUUUUCAACAGUCUAGCACCAUGUUGGACACAUCCCCCAUCCACCCUCCUAGUUCUGCUGUCAGGCUGACCCAAAUGGCUCCACCCCCGAUCUGUCCUCUCCCAGGGGCUGUGCCCUGGAGCGCUCUACACAGCCCACGUGUCUGGAGACACAGAAGGCCCAUCUGUAAAGACUGAGCUUGUGUGUGGUGUCGUGGUCACAUCUCCCGCUUCCUCCCCUCCUGUGUCUGGGCACGGCUUGUAUCAGGAGUGUGUCCGUUCGAUCUUGGCGCUUCCUUCCCUUGCAACGUCUGUCCCAGGUGUGUGGAGCAGAGUGGGGAUGGGGCCGUGGCUGGAGCACACCUAGUACUUGGGAGAGGUAGCAGAGAGCUGGGAGCUCCAACACGAGGCAAGGGCAGAUGAGAAGGGACCCAGAGCAGAUGCUGACCCAGGCACUCUCCACCCACGGGGGCCACCGGAUGGACGGAGUGCCAGCAGGACGCCACUCACCAGCCUAACACACAGACCUCUGCAAACAACAAUGGCAGGCAGGAGAGGCGGCCUGACCCAACCGUGUCCCAUCAUUCGGUGGUGUAUUUUAACCAGUCUAACAAUUCCACCUGUGUAACUUGGUGUACAUUUGCUACAGCCAGCCCGGCACAGCCCAUGUGACCUCUCUGUACGUGUGUGUGUGUCGUGACCGGCCUAAGUAGUUAGCAUAACUCAAGAUUUGCUGAUGUGCAAUCAUCCAUCAGAGAAAAUAAAAAUGGAAACCAUGUACACAGCAUUUUUAAAGUUUUUACUUUUUUCUUGACUAUAGAAGUAACCCGUGUACAUAGUUAAUCAUUUAAAAAGUACAGAAAGUAUAAAGAAGUGUUUUUGUUUUUUUAACUCCCAUCAUUC